AUGCUAAGAAAGAUGGAAAAGGACAGUAUGCAACCAUCUGGAUCAACUAAGGACUCUCAACAACCCCUCUACGUCGUUCAUCUCGUCAAGCCCCGGGACCCCAGUGAACGUCGCCAAUUAUCCAACGAGAAUUUGGCUUGUCUCCUUUCCUCCCAUCGCCUUACACGGGAGCUACAACAGGAGGGGGUGCCCAUGAAGAACAUCCUUGAUGUCCAUCGAAAGUCUGGUCUCAAGCCGUUCGUGAUUAGGGAUAUCCUUCGCAGAUGGCGCACCUAUGCCAAUAGAGAGGGCUACAAAAUCAUGUUAGGAGCCCUAGCACGUAGCGGUUAUGACAUAGUCUGCGUUGACAUGCACCUUGGUCAGCUAUAUGAACUGAAUCGGGCAAUAUUCUCCAAUAUAUUGACUAUCGUUGGUUCCAGUAACUACGAUUUAGUCGGAAUGUGCAUCAGUUUUACGAAGCUACGGGCCAUCCUUUGCACCGAGCCAGGGUGGGCACAGCAAUAUGCAGUGGUUUCCCGCCCACCAGAGCUUUACCCCGUUUCAAUUGGUAACUUAGACUUCCUCGGAGAGGCUGUCAAGGCUAUUGGAUUCAAGACUUACCAAGAAUUCGUCCGGCUUCUCACGAAUGCUGGCCUCACCAGGUCCUCGAUUAAAAAGCAGAAACUCAGGCCUCUUCCAUCCCCCGUAGAUUCUCUAGCUUAUACAUCAUCGAAAGACAUUCUACACGCCGCUAAUAUGGUAAUGGAGCUUUGGCGGGCCAACGGCUUCGAUACAAGCAAAUCGUCAGUAGUCUUGAAAACCUGGCAGGGUAUUAACAAAGAAUUUGUCAAAAAAAUGCCACUGGGUUUCCCAACUAUAGGUGUUCAUGUCUAUCUACGUGUCCUUCGGCGUUACUCUUAUACUCCAACCGCAGAGGCCAUAACUUGGUUGAGCUCUCCUCACGCAUACGAGGGAUGGGUAGUGAGAUGUGAUGCAUUUCUCAUUGCCGCUUACAAUAACGAACCGAUAUCGCGGCCUAGCCCGCUCGUGGAGGCCCUUAUGUGGAUACGAUACUUUGCUACGUGGUUCAACCAAAAAGAACUACUGGGAUACUCCAAGCUUCUCAACACCAUAGAAGUGCCUUUGCAACCACAUUUCGCAUUGAUGGAGCGAUGUGACUAUAGCUUCGUUCGAGUUCAAGCCGUCCGCGCCAGGCUCCGCGAAAGCUUUUCGCAUGACCUUGUGGCCGAAGGAUAUGAUUGGGUAUGGCUCAUGCUCAACGAUUUCGACAUCAAGGUCACAUUGAUGGAUGCCGCUGUCGUUCCAGAACAGUUCUCGGAGUUGACGCCGAAGGAGAGGGUUAAUGAGAUCCAAAAAAUGCAUAAGAAACGCGGCGUGAUGAAUAUGAAAUACACGUGGUAA